GACGGGAACGGGAGUGAAAGGGAUGCCGACGGCGACGACAAACGGGAUUCAGACAAAUACACCGUUUCGGACACUAAUAACGCUUAUAAUAAUAAUAAUAAUAAUAAUAAUGAGACAAAAGUGGAUAUAAUAUACGCAAACAAUUACGGGUCGGGUUUCGGUGGUGAGCGGGCCGUCCGGUACGACACCGACAACAACGGCACCGACUUUUACGUCCGGGCGUUGGAUAUAAGGCGGUCAAGGGGUCGGUCACUAACCGGCGCCAACCACUUGGGUCGCAGUGUCGACGGUGUGAGACGAGCCCAAACACCCACCGGCGGCGCCGAUAGCCUGCGGGCGGCCAACGAUCGGGUGCCAGACCUGCACGGAAACAAAGUGAACAUCGAGACCGACCCCCAGCAGCCGGCCUACGACGAGGCCAUCGGUCACGUGAUGGACGAUAUGGGACACAUUCACAUUCACGACGGCCCGGGCGGUACGUACGCCCUGCCCACCGAUCGCAACCACAUCGCCGGCCGAUACUCACCCGACCAGCCGUUCAACUAUAACGACAAGGACUUCGGGUUUAUUGAACGGAUAGCCGCCGACCGCCGGCCUAUCGUACGGGUGACCCGAAUCCGGAAGCGACUGCGCCCGGAGUCGGCCACCGAUUACGACGACAGGGCUGUCAACGCCGGCAGUCUCGACGAUAUUGACCGAAAGGCGCCGACAAAUGUCAACAACGAUAAGGAGCGCAAACCGUCGAAGAAUCAAUACAUACCGGUUCUGGUGAUGGAUAGGGAGGACAUCACCGGCAGUGGUGUCGGCGCCGCUCAGGAGGACAAAGAGGAAAAGGUCCGCCGAUAUAGGAGUGGCGAUCUGUUUGACGGCCGCGACAGCGAUCUGUCGCUCACGUCGGGAGUUUCGGCCCAUUUCCAAAACCAGAAACGACAACAACAGCAACACUUCCGUUCACAGACCAGUCGGGCGCCCAAACCCGGCCCACCCAACCCUACGACUGGGGGUGCCAUAGCUGUGGCGGCCAGCGAUCGGGACAAGAAGCUAGAGUUUCGCGGUUUUGUGGCCACCCGUAACGGCGCCGGGAAGAUGAUCGCUAUACCCAUGUAUAAAAACGUGGGCACAGUGGACUCGACUACAGGCGCCGGCAAUCGCCGCAAACGUGUCCGAGUGGUGCACCGUAUGGUUCAGAGGCCACCCGGCGGUGAUGUCGACGAACUGUUGGCCGACAUACCGGUGCUGAUCACCGGCGACGACGACAACUACAAUGACAACGAUAACCCACGACAGGCCCUAAACGACGAGAUAUUCAGCCCCAGUAUCCAGAAGUCCAACAUCCAAAACCAUCGGCAACUGCCCCGCAUACUAGUGCCCGAACAGUCGCACCCAUUCCUACCCUUUUACGGACCCUCACUGACCCAGAUCAAAAAGGUCCAGAUCCUGGCCCCUACCGGACCCCUGCCCUCAACCCCCGCGAAGCCAAACAUGGAGUUAUUGGCGGUGUUUAGGCCUAAUCAUCGGCAACAGAUGACUACCAGAGCUAAGCCGCGGCCAAAACUGACCGAAUAUCUGGUCAUUAAUCGCGAUAAUAACGACGACAACGAAAACAGUUACGACAGACUCGAGAAGCGGGUGUCUGUCCACCAGUCGUCGUCCCGACCGGCGGACACCGGCGCUAACAAACCGGCCGUUAGGAUCAAUGUUAAGCCCAAACAGUCGGGCAAACGGCUGAAGAACAAGAGACCGGCGGCUGUCAGUCGCCAUCGAAACGAGACAUCGCUCAAGACGUCGACCACAAGACAACCGCCGAGUGUCCGACCGGUGGACACCACGACAGCGCCCACAUUCAUCGAGGCUGUGGUCAAACUUAUUGAUAAUAACGGUCAGGUUGUCGGCGCUGGUGGACAGCAGCCGAGGGAUAGACCGGCCGUUGCCAGUGGUGGCCAUUCCGACGGGUCGUCGUCGUCGUCGCGGAUUAAACUGUCCCGCAAUGGCAAACGCCUCGGACCUAAAGACAACUUUGCCCAACAAAUCACUGCCACCACACGAAGCCCUGUCCGCCAGACAUUAACACCACAGCCACCACCACAACGACCGGCACCGCCGCCCCCACCUGCUGUCCGACACCGGGAACCGCUGGUGAUCGGCAACACUGGGCCCCAAUCGCUGCACAAUUACGACUAUUACGAUAUCGUCGACAGCAAUCACACCGUCUCAUACGUGACCACAAUCGACGACUUGCCCACCACUACUGUGGCCCCACCGCCGCCACCGACACCCCCACCAAAACGCAAACCGGCCGCCAAUCGGCCCAAGAAAGGGUCGGCAGCCCUACCCUCACGGCCGGCGCCCGUAUACUCAACACCCGACCUGUUAUCCCAAGCCAGCAAAUGUACCCAGAGCAAAUGCAAACUACCCGACUGUUUUUGCGGCGGCCAACAGGCGCCGAGGGGUAUGCGCGCGGCCGACAUACCCCAGCAAGUGAUGAUCACGUUUGACGACUCGGUCAAUGAUCUCAAUUGGGAGAUCUACGAGGAGGUGUUCGGCGGCCGUCACAACCCCAACGGGUGUCCCAUUUUGGGCACGUUUUACGUGUCCCACGAGUGGACCGAUUACGGUCAGGUGCAGACCCUGUACUCGCAGGGCCACGAGAUGGCCUCCCAUUCAAUCACGCAUAGUUUUGGCGAAAAGUUUUCAGUGCAAAAGUGGGGCAAAGAGGUGAGCGGCCAAAGGGAGAUACUGCACAUGUAUGGGGGCGUGGCGUUGGCCGAUGUGCGGGGUAUGCGCGCCCCCUUUUUGCAAGGGGGUGGCAAUAAGCAGUUUGAAAUGCUGUACGAUCUGAACUUCACCUAUGACUCGACAAUGCCCGUGUUUGAAAACUCGCCCCCCUAUUACCCCUACACACUGGACUACGCGGUGAAUCACGAGUGCAUGAUUGCCCCCUGUCCCACAAAAUCGUUCCCAGGCGUAUGGGAAGUGGGCAUGGUGAUGUGGCACGAUCUGAAGGGUGGCCGGUGUUCAAUGGGCGACGCGUGCAGUAACCCCACCGAGGAGGAGGGGGUUCACAAAAUGCUGAUGAAAAACUUCAACCGCCACUACCAGAGCAAUCGGGCACCAUUUGGCCUGUACUACCACUCGGCCUGGUUUAACACACCCCACCAUCGCAAGGGUUUCAUGCGUUUCAUCGAUGACAUACUCACCAAAAAGGACGUGUACUUUGUCACCAAAUACCAGAUGAUCCAAUGGAUGAGACACCCGACGCCCACCAGUGAUAUACUGGGCUUUCAGCCCUGGCAGUGCGAUUUCGAUGACCGCCCGCCCCCUUGCAAGAGCCCUACGGUGUGUAAUGUGGGCUCCAAAAGUGGGUCCAGGUUUUUGAAAACAUGCCAACCCUGUCCCUCGUCCUACCCCUGGGUGGGCAGCACUGGAGACGCGAAGGAUUUGAUGACCAAAAUAAUUGCCGAAAAUGGACACAAACAAUACGAUAUAGUGUUGGACAUCGGGUGCGGAUCCGGGAAUAUCACCAGAACAUUGGCCGACGUAUUGAACGCCAAACAAAUCUAUGCCAUAGAUGUGGACAAAGAGAUGAUAGCGUUUGCCGGCAAAAAUCACGGCAAACCUAACGUCCAGUAUUUGGCCCAAGACUUUGGCCUUGAAUGGGAUCUAUUGUCGCCGACACUGCGAGCACUGGAGGGCAAAGUGGACCUCAUAUUUACCAACCAUUGUCUCCAUUGGAUUAUCAAUAAGCGAAAUGUGGUCAACAAUUUGUACCGUUUGUUGCGCACCGGUAGCCAACUCUAUGCCAACAUAUACUGGGUUUCAGACCUUUAUGCGGAUCUGUCGCCCGAAGAGAAGCUGAUCCACGAGAACCGCUUCCUGAAGACACCGACACGAGAGACACAGUUUGACAUUUGGCACAAUCUCUUCACUACUAUUGGUUUUACUGUCAAAUCGCAUGAAUUUUUGGUUAAAGACUGUGUUUUUGAAACACAAUUUUUCAAAGACCAUAGUGAUGUAAUUAAAUCGGAAAUCGCGUCCAAAGCGAUGACCAAAUGUCGACAAUUCAUUGAUAGCAAUACCGGCGAUAAUAUCAAUGAUAUCUAUCAAGAAGUGAGAGAUUCAAGAAAUUUUACGGGAAAAGUAGUUUUAGUGACCGGAAGUGCUUCGGGUAUUGGAAAACAAAUUGUCAAACUAUACUCAGCUCUCGGGGCGAGUGUUGUCAUCACCGGUAGGAAAGCCGCGGAGAUUUCAAAAGUGGCCAAAGAAGUACAGCAAUUGUCACCAAAAAAACUUAAACCGUUAGAAGUGACCGCAGAUCUGACCAGUGAUGAAGAUCUAAAGCGUUUGUUUAAUGAGACCAUAAAAACAUACAAAGGAUUGGAUGUAUUGGUCAAUAACGCCGGUCUAUUGAUGAACUCUUCGGCCACCGAUAAAGACUUUCUGUCCGUUUUGGACAAAUCAAUGAAAAUAGACUUAAGAGCAUCACUAGAGCUGAUCCGACUCAGUGUCCCGUAUCUCCAGAAAUCAAAGGGAACUGUUGUUAACAUUUGCAGCACUGUUACCGAACGUCCCCAAAAAUCGUAUUUGGGAUAUGAGUUGGCCAAACAGGCGCUGUCAAUGGCAACUAAAGUAUUAUCAAUAGAGUUAGCCCCACAGGGUAUACGUGUUAACUCUGUCAGCCCGGGUAUUGUUCAGUCACACCCAUUUACGUCUCCGUGGGAACAAAGGGCAAUGGAGAAAGUGGCCAAAACUACACCACUCGGACGGCCGGGCCUUCCCAUUGAUAUCGCCAAAGGAGUGGUAUUCCUGUCCUCAUCGGACGCCUCAUUCAUAACGGGACACAAUCUGGUCAUUGAUGGCGGCCUUCAAUAUAACAUGGAUUCAGAUUAUAUGAAUGUU